GCACGGCUGCAAAUUGAAGAUGGCGGACUUGUUGGGGACCGGGCUGUCAGAUGAAAAAGAAACCGAAAAUAAGGACAAGAAGAAGGAGAAACGGCCAUGGGAUGACAUACCAAGGUCGGGGAAAAUCGGCCAAACUCCAGAUCUGGCGGAAACAUUAGGCUUUUACGAUAUAAAUGCUGUCAGACGGGAGCAACGUGAACGUGAUAACUCAGGUGGGUUUCCCUGGUUCGCGCGCAGGUUUAAACGGUAUCGGCUAGCGACCAUUUUAUUGGAUAAACCGACCUCUCUAUGUCUAGAAAUAAUGCCUUGGAAGCUGACGAUCGCAUGAAAACCAUUGUAAAAUACAUGUCAUAGUGGCUCAACAAUUUUCUGUUAUUUAGCUAUCUUUGGGCUGGCUGGCUCACAGUCAUUGGGCUGCCCGGACUCAAUGCACAACCAACCAAAGCACGUCAUUGGAUUUCGAGCUGUCAGUUUUAACCCGUGUUGUUGUCAUGCGAGAUUGUUUGUAAAAACAAAUCUUUCUCAGCUUUGUAUUAGUAGCAUGUGAUAAAAUAUAUAUACUAACUGAUCAUUAAAAAUAUUUAACAUGUGUCUACUAAUUACUUCGACGUUUUAAUUCCUGGUAAUUCGCUUUCACGUGAUGUCACGAACUGCGCCUAGCCAAGGCACGAGAUGUCAAGCCUAGGUGGAGGGGGCAACAGUCACUGAUGUUGCGAUCAAUGACAAUAUAGUGAACUACAUACUAGCAUUAGUUAGCUACGCUAUUUGCUUAGCACGGUUUAAUGUUAAUGCUAACGUUACCUGUCAUGCCAAUUUGUGUCAAAGAUGAAAAGUCUAGCUUGCUGCCUUCUGCUCUAACUAUUUGCAUCCAUACAGUACUGUAACUAGCGCGCCGAGUUGUUGCAAGAAGUAGUGAAAUCAGGUCAACAUCGACUGUCUAUCAGUCAAAAUAUACAGUUAUUUCGGUUGGAAAUCCAAAUGUUGUUCAAUAUAUAAUGUUUGACAGGUUCUCACAAUUUCCAACCGAUGGAAAAUAUUUCAAGACCGUGUAGGUUAAUUUCGGGUAAAGUCCUCAGAAUCAAUGUAAAUUAUGCUGUUAUGUAUUUAAAAGUACAGCAUACCAUUAGGUAGUGUACUUUACUUCAUAAGUCGAAUGGCAAUUAAUUAUACUGCCACUGUAGCUCAAAGUUUUCCUCAUACCAAAAGUCUUAGCAAGUUUAUUAGAUAAUCAUUAGUGGCAAAGUGGCAUUGUAAUUCUGUUGGCUUGGUUCCUAUAUGAAUACUGAUUUGGUUACAUUAUGCUUCUUUUUUAGACCGAUUGGUGUGUCAAGUUCAUUAUCUUUCCUCUUCAAAAGUGAAACUUCCUUUCCCUCUCAUUUUCACUCAUGCCAUUUUGUUUUCUGUGUCCGAGCUUCCCACACUUAGCACACAUACGUAUUUUUGCCAUUAUGUUGAUAACCAUGAGUACAUACAGCUGUCUUACCAAAAUAAUGCAAACUGGAGGGACAAUAGCCCUGUUGUAACAGAGCACUAAGUGUUGUCAUAAUGUUAUUCCAGAUCCGUCGCUGGGGCGCUUCAUGUGUGCUGAGCUGACCCGGGGCUACUUCCUGGAGCACAACGAAGCUAAAUACACCGAGCGCAGAGAGAGAGUGUACACAUGCAUGCGCAUUCCCAGAGAACUGGAAAAGGUAGGUACAGUAGAGGCCCCCUUGACUUUUUUUGGCACCGUUGUUUGAAGCGCUGAAUGUUUAAAAUUAACUUGUCUCAGCAGCAUACAUAUUUGAUGCAAAGAGGGUAGAAAUUACUUAUUUGGUCAAUAUUACUUACCAAGCCAAGCAGACAGACCUGGCGCCAGGAUACAGUGACUAAAGGGGCAGUUGAAAUCGGUGAGGGGGGCACAAUUUUGGGGGGAUCUUGCAUUGGAAUUAUAUUGAAUUCUGCUUAUAUCACGCAAUACCGCAAUAAACAUCAAGUUAAAAUGCAGAGAAUCCGAGACCAUUGAGUGCUUUCGAAGUGGUAGGUAGGGUCUGAAAUCUGUAGCCUAUCUCCGGUGCGCUGUAUCAGCACAAUAGACAGCGCCCUACACACGAAAGCAAGGCCUAUUUGGCAAUGAAUAUAGGCUGCAAGGUUUAUAGGGUAAUUCACCUAUUACAAACAGCCUGUGUGAAUGCAGCUGUUGUACACACAGCUGUCUUAACAAAAUGAUGCAAACUGAAUGCAGAAAGUAGUUGCCUAGUUAUUCAUGCAAAACAAAAUGACUGAAUUGCAGUUUGGCUUAGAAUACCGACAACUGCGAAUGCGAACGAAUGAAUGCGAACAGAACAAAACAGCUGUAGGCCUACUAUAGGCCUAGAAAAACCAUAUCAGAUCGAUAAAGGCAUGACACAAUCUAUAUUUAGGCUAGUUACUUUAACAGUAAACAAACGCAGUAAACAAAAGGCGAAUGUAAAUAACCAAAAGAAACAGCCUACUACAGUGAGAUGAAGCCAUGCACAGCUGUCUUGCCAAAUAAAUAGGCCUAUAGGCCCGCAUCAAACAUAGACAAAUCAUGGCGCUCAUGAGUUCAGCAACACGUUGCGAUAUGUCACAAUACACUUCUGUGGAUCAAAUUCGACCCACCUACGUAAUCAAUUAAGCAAUGCUGGCCUACCAUAAACACGUUUCCAAUGCGUACAGUUCCACUUACAACCAUAAAAAGCAAUAGGCUACCAGAAAACCAUAGAAAUAGAAUGUAGGCUAUCUAUUUCUAUAAUGAAACAUACCGAUAUGCAGCUAUACCCAGGGGCAUCAUUUGGGUUCUUGCAUUGGAAUUAUAUUGAAUUCUGCAUAUAUCAAGCUAUACCACAAUAAACAUAAAAGUUCAAAUGCCAAAGUCAUUGAGUGCUUUUGACCAAGAAGUGUUAGGUUGGCACGAAAUCUCCAUUGCAAAGAGCAAAUUUAACCAGAACCAUGCACAAUGCACGUCCUCUAAUAAUGACCCAUUUCUUGUAGCAGGCAUUAUAGAAAUUGAACACGUCUCAUAAACAAUCUCUCAAGCACAAGUGAGUAGCCAGCUAAUCUUUGUAUUUUAAGUCUAGCCAACCUGGAUCUAUAGUGCAUUCGGAAAGUAUUCAGACCCCUUGCAUUUUUCCACAUUUUGUGUGCAAGGAGGCCUACAAACCUGACUCAGUUACACCAGCUCUGUGGUAAGCUUAUGAAAGGCUACCCGAAACGUUUGACCCAAGUUAAACAAUUUAAAGGCAAUGCUACCAAAUGCUAAUUGAAUGUAUGUAAACUUCCCUAUUUUGAAGGUGGGGGUGCAGCUGCUUCCAUUUUCUCCGUUGCUCAGGCGCCUAUACACACACACACACACACACACACACACACACACACAGAGAGAUAACCGCACACACACAAAGGUCAGUUUGCAGUGUUUGUUUAGCUAUGCCGUUGAUAAUGUCCUGGUACAUCUGGUUUUUCUAAGAGCAGUGAAAUGAAGGUAUUCUUAUUAUAUUUUUGUUCACAUAGCAUUUGUUAUACAGGUGACACGAAUGGGUCAUUUGUAUUGAUAUACGUCCGUGUUUAUGUCCCUGGUCUUUUGAAUGGGCUUGAUGAUUAUAUCAUAAAGUUCAAGAAAACGUGUUCAAAUAAGAUAUUUGAAAAUUUUCAUUUUUGUUUGUGGAUGAAUUCACUUCUGCCAGAUGCCUUUCAUGAAGUUUUUGCGCUGAAGACCAUUACGCUAUAGUGUUGUCCAUUGAAGACCAUUCAAAAAGCCUACAAAAUGCAAAAAACUACAAGGCUCCUUGCUGCAUCAUUUGUAUGGUGUAUUGCCUAUUGCAACACAAUGUUUUUCUGUAUGCUGUCAUAGCCAUAAUACUGCUGAUGCUUUGUCUCUAUACAACCACUAGAUGGUGGUGUUGUAACACAUUCCAUUGAGAAUGUAUACAAAUAUUCCCCUAAAUUCACCUCUGCAAACUCAUCUGGGAAUAAUUAACCUCUGCACUAGAGGCUGAUCCCAGAAGUAGGUGAGUCAGGCUGCCUCUAUCUCAGUCUCCUCAAACAUUGAGACGACACUUGUAUGUGCCUUGAGGUACUAUUCUAUUGCCGUCCUCUGUAGCUCAAUUGGUAGAGCACGGCGCUUGUAACGCCAGGGUAGUGGGUUCGAUCCCCGGGACCACCCAUACGUAAAAAUUUAUGCACACAUGACUGUAAGUCGCUUUGGAUAAAAGCGUCUGCUAAAUGGCAUAUUAUUAUUAUUUAUUCUGGGACUACUGUUAAUAUGGAUAUCAAAUGGACCUCAAACAUCACAUAAUUUGCUAUUUUUCGUUUGAAUUUUGCCCUUGGGCAAGAGUGCUCCCUCAGACAUUCACAUUGAGACAGUGAACAUCAGUGAAAUUCAGUCAUCACCUAGCCUAAUAUACGUCCCCACUCCAACCCUCAUUGGUUAGCCAUAGCAUUCCAAGCCUUGGGGAACUGAGGAAUGUGUGUGAACAGAUGGAGCAUUGUGACCUUCUAGGUCUAGAAGCUCUGCCUGGACUAGGCUACUACCUGAAGUAAAAAAGAGAGCAGCCAGGGACAGACCAAUGAAAGGAUGACUUGUGACUCUGUUAGCCAACCCAACUGCCACUACUCACUUCCUGUUGGGAAGUAUUGUAACAACCUUACUGCUGAUGUUUGUGAGGCUAACACAGGACACACUGGAGCUGGCACAUCAUGAGAUUAUAUGGUAUUUGUUAUUUGAGAAGGUACAAUGGGGUCUGAAAUUAUUGACACCCUUGGCCUUGAUAAAGAUGAGCAAUAUUGACUGCAUAAAAUAUUUAAUUCAAAUACUGAGCAAAAACAAUGGGGAAAUUAUAUUAUUUUCAGUGAUGUAAAGUACUUAAGUAAAAAUACUUUAACGUACUACUUAAGUAGUGUUUUUGGGUAUCUGUACUUUACUUUACUAUUUAUAUUUUUGACAACUUUUACUUUUACUCCACUACAUUCCUAAAGAAAAUAAUGUACUUUUUACUCCUUACAUUUUCCCUGACACCCAAAAGUACUCGUUACAUUUUGAAUGCUUAGCAGGACAGGAACAUUGUCUAAUUCACACACUUAUCAAGAGAACAUCCCUGGUCAUCCCUACUGCCUCUGAUCUGGCAGACUCACUAAACACAAAUGCUUCGUUUGUAAAUUAUGUCUGACUGUUGAAGUGUGACCCUGGCUGUCCGUACAUUUACAAAACAAGAAAAUCGUGCCGUCUGCGUUGCUUAAUAUGAGUAAUUUGAAAUGAUUUAUACUUUUACUUUUGAUACUUAAGUAUAUUUAAAACCAAAUACUUUUAGACUUUUACUCAAGUAGUAUUUUACUGGGUGACUUUUACUUGAGUCAUUUUCUUUUAAGUUAUCUUUACUUUUACUCAAGUAUGACAAUUGGGUACUUUUUCCACCACUGAUUAUUUUAUACUAAUACAAUUGCUCAGAGAAAGAGAUUUUGUUUAACAAGGAAUACAAAAUAAUCUCUAAAAGACUCGUAUAAAUAAAGUAGUCAAGUUUUUAGUAUUUAGUCCCAUAUUCCUAGCACGCAAUGACUACAUCAAGCUUGUGACUCUACAAACUUGUUGGAUGCAUUUGCAGUUCGUUUUAGUUGUGUUUCAGAUGAUUUUGUGCCGAAUAGAAAUGAAGGGUAAAUAAUGUAUUGUGUCAUUUUUGAGUAAAUCUUAUUGUAAAUAAGAAUAGAAUCUGUUUCUAAACACGUAUACAUUAAUAUGGAUGCUACAGUACCAUUAUGAUAUAUAAUCCUGAAUGAAUCGUGAAUAAUGAUGAGUGAGAAAGUAACAGAAGGUCAAAGAUCAUACCCCCAAGACAUGCUAACCUCUCACCAUUACCAAUAACAGGGUGUUAAACAUGCCACGCUUACUGUAGACACACACGUGAGUGGCCAUGUUUAACCUGUGUGUGCGUUUGUGUGCAUACCAUAGUAUUUAUAGCAGUUAGUUGACUUUGCGCACAAAGUUGCCCAACCCUGUUCUUAUCAGUAAACAUGAACAUGUUAUUGCGAAAUCUACACUGAACAAAAAUAUAAACGCAACAUGUAAAGUGUUGGUCCCAUUUUUCAUGAGCUCAUAUAAAAGAUCUAAGACAUUUUUGCAUAUGCACAAAAAGGUUAUUUCGCUCAAAUUUGUUUACAUCCCUGUAGUGAGCAUUCCUGUUGUGGUCCUCUGUAGCACAGCUGGUAGAGCACGGCGCUUGUAACGUCAAGGUAGUGGGUUCGAUCCCCGGGACCACCCAUACACAAAAAUGUAUGCACGCAUGACUGUAAGUCGCAUUGGAUAAAAGCGUCUGCUAAAUGGCAUAUUAAUAUUAUUAUUAUUAUUAUUAUUCUCCUUUGCCAAGAUUAUCCAUUCACCUGACAGGUGUGGCAUGUCAGAAAGCUGAUUAAGCAGCAUGAUCAUUACACAGGUGCACCUUGUGCUGGGGACAAUUAAAGGCCACUCUAAAAUGUGCAGUUUUGUAACACAACACAAUGCCACCGAUGUCUCAAGUUUUGACGUAGCAUGCAAUUGGCAUGCUGACUUCAGGAAUGUCCACCAGAGCUGUUGCCAGAGAAUUGAAAGUUAAUUUCUCUACCAUAAGUCCCUCCAACGUCGUUUUAAGGAAUUUGGCAGUACGUCCAACCGGCCUCACAACCACAGACCACGUGUAACAACGCCAGGCCAGGACCUCCACAUCUGGCUUCUUCACCUGCGGGAUUGUCUUGAGACCAGCCACCCGGACAGCUGAUGAAACUGUGGAUUUGCACAACCAAAGAAUGUCUGCACAAACUGUCAGAAAGUCUCAGGGAAGCUCAUCUGCGUGCUCGUCGUCCUCACCAGGGUCUGGACCUGACUGCAGUUCGGCGUCGUAACCGACUUCAGUGGGCAAAAUGCUCCCCUUCGAUGUCCACUGGCACGCUGGAGAAGUGUGCUCUUCACAGAUGAAUCCCGGUUUCAACUGCACCGGGCAGAUGACAGACAGCGUGUAUGGCGUUGUGUGGGCAAGCGGUUUGUUGUUGUCAACGCUGUGAACAGAGUGCCCCAUGGUGGCGGUGGGAUUAUGGUAUGGGCAGGCAUAAGCUACGGACAACAAACACAAUUGCAUUUUAUCUAUGUCAAUUUCAAUGCACACAGAUACCGUGACGAGAUCCUGAGGCCCAUUGUCGUGCCAUUCAUCUGCCAUCAUCACCUCAUGUUUCAGCAUGAUAUUGCACAGCCCCAUGUCGCAAGGAUCUGUACACAAUUACUGGAAGCUGAAAAUGUCCCUGUUCUUCCAUGGCCUGCAUACUCACCAGACAUGUCACCCGUUGAGCAUGUUUGGGAUGCUCUGGAUCGACAUGUACGACAGCUUGUUCCAGUUCCCGCCAAUAUCCAGCAACUUCGCUCAGCCAUUGAAGAAGAGUGGGACAACAUUCACAGGCCACAAUCAACAGCCUGAUCAACUUUAUGCGAAGGAGAUGUGUCACGCUGCAUGAGGCAAAUGGUGGUCACACCAGAUACUGACUGGUUUUCUGAUCCACGCCCAUACCUUUUUUUAAGGUAUCUGUGACCAACAGAUGCAUAUCUGUAUUCCCAGUCAUGUGAAAUCCAUAGAUUAGGGCCUAAUUAAAUUAUUUCAAUUGACUGAUUUCCUUUAUAUGAACUGUAACUCAGUCAAAUCUUUGAAAUCGUUGCAUGUUGCGUUUGUAUUUUUGUUCAGUGUAGUAUAUGGCUUGCCCUGUCAAAACAACAACAUGCCAUUCUGUAGAGAAAGAGAGCUGGACAAACACUGACACUCUGUAAACUCACACAUAGCCUACAUAGUCACACACACACACUGGCUCUAUUUGUAGGUGUGAUCGAGCAGCCAUGUUUUACCCGAGUGUGUUGUGUUCUACCAUACAGCUGAUGAUCUUUGGCUUCUUCCUGUGUCUGGAUGCCUUCCUCUACGUGUUCACGCUGCUGCCCCUCCGGAUGCUGCUGGCCCUGCUACACCUCCUCACCUUGCCCUGCUGCGGCCUCGGGUGAGCCCACACACACACACACACGCUCACACUCUGGGUCACGUUUCACUGGGUGCUACGUACUGAACGUUGCAGAUAGAAAUGCCGUGGAUAGAUUUGAAAUGCAUGUCUGUUCUACCAAAUGUAUUUCUAUCUGAACGUUCCACAAAGUUGUGCCCUACUGAACGCAGCUCUGACACUGACAAAGAAACACUGCAUGAUUCGAUUGGAAAUAACCAUGUUACAUGACCAGUACCAUAUCUAUCUAUGACAUGGAUGAUUCUUUGCAUUAUGUUCUUGGAAUUUAGGUUUACUACAGGAGUGGUAAAUGGGGAAAUAUGUAUAGGGCAAUAUAGAUGGGUUUAGCUCAACAGAAAAUAGGCCUAGUUCCCCAAGUGAAUUGCACUCCAAAGGGCACUUGGGGCAUAAUCCCAACUUUGAGUGUGUCACGUAAAUCACACCCUGAUAUCAAUGAGAUUUGCAUGUAGUGUAUCUAUAGUUAGGAUUUGGCCCUUCAGAAGACAGAUGCAUACGUAAGCUAGGUUUAUGUAUACUGUACAGUAAGUAUUGUACUCACUCAGUUUGCCUGUGACUGGUCUGUACAAAGGUCAGUCUCUUCCCUUACCUUCUUUCCCUGCAGGGCAAACGUAUGCCCCUACUGCAAUCGGAGCAGGUAUGCUAGUCUCUCGCCUGUCACAGCUUCAUCAUUUAUAUUUUAUAUUAUAUAUCGUUUCACCAUCUCCAUCUUGUUUGUCCUGAUAUGCAGCUUUGUGCUGUAUUCUUCAUGCUCUAUGCUAAAGCCACUGAGGGGCCAUUUUGGAUUAGUAGUGUUCACAAACAGGGCUGUGCUCACCACGGCAACACGAAUACUAAACUGUACGCUUUCCCUGCAAGAGCUCAUAUACAUAGUGGACAUGGUUUCUUCAAGACUGGCCCAUCAAACUGAUUUUCCAUGGUAUACCAAAGCUCCAGUCUUGUUGAAAUGCUCAACAUCAAAUUACAACACACCAACAAUGUGCAGUUCUCCUUGUUGGGUUGAGGACUCCUGUCUGAACGAUCUCUCUCCAGAGUAUGUACGGUAUGCAUAAUGUUAGAGUAUGUAGGCCUAACUGAAGGGAAAGCAGUAGCUGAUUUUUGAAUGUAGGCCUGCAGCUGGCUGUGGUAACGGAUGGGCGAUAGCUGUGCACUGCAGAUGCUCAGUAAAAUACAUUGCAUUGACAGAUGGCUUGAGCUCUCUACGCCUCGAGUUACAGCAUCCUCACUCCCUCCAUCCCCACACGAACACAGAAGCCAUAAUCAGGCACUGUGACUGACUACUAGCUUUAUUGAAGUAUUUUCUAGGUAAACAUUAACAUUUUUAACUGAUAAGUGAUAUCAUGUUUGACUACAGCUCAAAUGACACUCCAGAGUUCAGGAUGUGCUGUUUUGAACUCCUUAGCUUGAAAAUAUUUGUACAAAUGUACCUUAUCCACUCCAUACAGAAGAUGAGUAUGAAUUGCAUAGGUUAUUUGCCAAGUCCACUCCUAUAUCUUUGAGUGUCGUUUUUUUUAGUGUUUUGACAUUACCCUGUCAUUUUUUGGAAGUCGUAGUAGGCCAAAGAUAAUGUAUUGUAAUUUCAAUAGUUAAAACGUUGUCUUAACUGAGAAACAACUGUGUCGGCACACUCCCAAGAGAGGCUUGGCAAAAACUCCACACCUCCGCUAACAACACGUAUUCCAGUACCUUGUCUUGAAAAACUGUUCCUCUCACAAAGCACAGCUCAGCGCUGAUGGCUGUGGCCUUUGUGAUAUCCGUUGGAUGAUGCAUGCCCUUUUGUGUCUGUCUGCAUGGCAGCGAAGCUUGACUGACCUUUUAUAUACACACACACACCUCUGUUGGCCAGAGCUGCAGUUAGUCAGCUAGGGGGCUAUCACAUUCAUGGUGAUUGCUGGUGCCUGUGCCAGGGGAACAGGGUUACACAGGGCCUGGCAUUCACUAACAUACACUGGCAGGACAGAGAGUACACUCUCUCAUCAUGCAUUUUACUUUAAUAGCCUAAGCAGUGUCAUGUUAUAGGUCGUUCACUGGGCACUCCUCUGCAAAGGUCCACUAGAAUGUGCCAAAGUGCUGUGUCUGAGUCCGGCCAGUAAAGGGUGCUAGAGCACCAGCAGUGAAUUCUUCUUGUUUAUGCCCCGGUAUGAAUUGGUAUAUAAUAUUUACAUUUACAUUUUAGUCAUUUAGCAGAUGCUCUUAUCCAGAGCGACUUACAGUUAGUGAGUGCAUACAUUUUCAUACUGAUAUAGCAUAUGCUUCCUUCUUACUCUCCUUGAGGUUAUCACUGACCUCUAAAUGAUUGAAUAAGUGAAAGCAAAUCUUCCAGGCCCCCAAUAUCAAUCAACAAUGACCCUACGUUCAUCUUGCUAUAACCUGUAUGAUAAUAAAGGUUAUGACUCCGAUGUUGUUUGCUUCCCUUCAUACCUCAAUGCUCACUGCACACAAUUUGGGAAGUAGAUGAGACACCUGAUUAAGCAUUCUAAUUUGCACUUUCUGAACUCAAGCUCCUCUCUCUCACCCCGGCGUCACUGCCACCCUCCCGACAGACAGACUGAGAUAUUUUGCACCUCCCCUUCCAUUUCCCUUGUGACUGGUUAUUCUACGUCUUACCGCAGGAAUUGAGAAAUCUUAAAAGGUGAUUUUUCCUCUCCCUUUUAGGAAGCUUUUUUGGCAACUUCUUUAAGCUCACUAAGGUGAGGGUGGUGAUGGACAGUCUCAUUUGUGGAGUUUUAUGCCGUUAUUCAAUCUAUUGCAGAUAGUGGAUUCCUGAAUAUCGCAUAGUCAGCUCCAUCCAUUCGGGACAGGCUGCUGUACAAAUCAAGCACAUGUUUGAAAGCGCUAUCCAGAAAUCCACCAUCUGCAAUCGAUUGAAAUCUGGCCUUAGUUUGAGUAAUAUGUAGAAGAGUGGUGGGUAUACAAAGGACUAAGGUACUAGUAUGCAGUAGUUAUACUAGCUUAGAUGUACAGUAGAUCAGUAUAUUUAGUAGCCUUUCACAUAACUAGCUACAUGUCUUGACCUUCUACUCCCCAACAGAGACUGAAGCCCUAUGGAUUUGUCAGUCUUCCCCUAGCAUGCUCUCAUGCUGCGUGCCAUUUAACUUUCGAUUCGCCUACUCAAUAUUGGUGUAGCAUACAUUAAAAGGCAGGCUAUAUGAAUAAUAUGUGUUCAUGUAACAGAUUUGGUUAGCUACUUCAUUCCUCAUCAUUCCCCCCCAACCAUCUACUCAUCGGUUGAAUGUGUUCAAUGUCCCAUCCUACCCUGAUCAACCCGAAUUAACAAAAGUGUGUAUUUAUAAUGUUAAUGCUGCUUGUUAUAAACAUCAGCCAAUCAAAAAUAGUAACGGAUGCUGAAAAUAACUAGACACAGUCAUUCUACUGGUGCCUUGACAACCCCGGGGGGUAUUAAACCACUUCGAUACAGCACACAUGACACCUGUCCUGACAUUGGCCUAAUAGUGCAUGAAGCUUACAGUCAACCAUGAUCCCAAGGUUCACUGUGUCAUAUCUCACAACAGUGUUAUCACAAGCCUUAGGCCUACUUGUACUGAAUAGACGCAAACAAAUAUAAUUAGAUGUGUAUGCGUGUGUACAUGUGUACAUACAGAUGUAUGACUAGGCUCUGUGUAACCUGUGUGUUCUGCAAGUGGCUCGCGCAUGCUGCAGCCGGCCCAGGUGUGUGACAUCUUGAAGGGACUGAUAAUGGUGCUGUGCUACUCCAUGAUGCACUACGUGGACUACAGCAUGAUGUACCACCUGAUCCGGGGACAGUCCGUCAUUAAACUCUACAUCAUCUACAACAUGCUGGAGGUACAGUGGGUUGGAUUUAGAGCUGUUGUAGUAAUGUGAUUUAAUAAGGUUCCACUCUAUAGCUUUCACUGGUCCAGUUGUGUUAGGUCAGUGAGUAGGCCUACGUCAAGGAAAAUGAAUUAUUCUUGGCUGAAGUAUCUGAUUAGGGCCUCAGAUACCCUAUUUCAUCUGAAAUGCAGCAGGUGAUAAAUUAUUAGAAAAAAAUAGUUAUAGUUUAUGAAAACUCAUGAGUUGUUUGGCCGAUAUUAAUCUAACACAGCUGGUGUAAAAAGACACCUGAUUGGAGUUCCCACAUCCUGUUUUCAGCGGAAAAGGUAGCUAGCUUUGCUUUAUCUUGGCCAGGUCGCAGUUGUAAAUGAGAACUUGUUCUCAACUGGCUUACCUGGUUAAAUAAAGGUGAAAAAAAUUAAAAAUAAAUAGGUUGAAUUAGCUGUAUCCUUGAACUGGUGCAUCCGGUUGUUGGCAACUCCACUAAGGGUGUGCUGAUAUAAACCAUACAGAAGACUAGAGAAGUAACAUACAAUUAAGCACUGGUAAUCUGUCAUAGUCUAAUCCCAUUGUAUCACUUACAGGUCGAAAGUCACAUCAUUAACCCAUGCUUAACUUGACUUGAACUACUUACCUUCCCUGUUCAGGUAGCCGACAGGCUGUUCUCUUCGUUUGGCCAAGACAUCCUUGACGCGCUCUACUGGACGGCCACAGAGCCCAAAGAGAGGAAGAGAGACAGCAUAGGGGUCAUCCCCCAUUUCCUCAUGGCUGUGUUCUACGUCUGUAUCCUUAAUGGAGAACUAGGAAGUGCACACAGGAAGAACUCUGCUGUAGGAAUUUGUGAUCUCUCAACUUCUAUCAUCUUACAGGUGUCACUUUUCAGUUAGUGCUGUUGUUUUGAUGAUAUGUCAGUAAUGUGAGUCCACACACACUCACUCAUACACCCACCCCUUACUGUAGCGGAUGCUAUUGCCACCAUGUUCAGUGUUUUCCUGAGCCUCUAUCUCAGUCCUGCAUGCUAUCCUCAUUAUGGUCCAGGCGUCAACGCUCAACGUUGCUUUCAACUCCCACAAUAAGUCCCUGCUCACCAUCAUGAUGUCCAACAACGUGAGUACACACACACACUCAGAUACACACACAAACAUGUAAUCUAAAAUAUAGAGGACGCUAAAAUAUAUUUUCCUCUAUUUCCUACAUGUACAGUUUGUGGAGAUCAAAGGAAGUGUGUUCAAGAAGUUUGAGAAGAACAACCUCUUUCAGAUGUCCAACAGUGGUAAGUUACUGUAACAUGUGCCAUAGCCAUUACACUGUACAUUUAAUCGUGCUAUGGACAGUAUUUUUAAGAUUCAAAACGCCCUACAUGUUAGAAAUUUUUCAAUGCUCUGAGUCUUUUUCUAUGCUUGGGGGUAAAACCCAGUAGCAAGCGAUGGGUUAAGCCUCCUCCUCACCUCUUUUCCUCCUCUCUCUCACACUCUCUCUCUCCCUCUCUCUCUCGUCCUUUUGAAGCGGCAAUCAGAGCUGUUUAUUCAGCUUUGAUAACACAAAAGAGAUGCGCUAUGGAUUUGAAUGCAUUCUGAACUCUUCCUCUUUGUGCCUGCAGGCUGCAUGUUUUCAUAUUUGUUGCUGUCAUACUGCAGGAAUGCAAGGAACCGAAAAUAAGCUUUAAUCAUUUCCUAUUUACCCCCUCUUGCAAAUCGCUCGCGUCUUUGAAGAUCCAGUCUAUUUAGCAAGUUACACUUAGUUCCAAACCACACAGGAUUCCGAUGAAUAGGAUAUUUAUGCCAAAUGAUGUAUGUAGCUUUGAAAGUACAUGGAAAAAAUGGCUGCCCUUUUUGUUGAUCUUACAUAUUCAUCGUUGUUAUAUGAUUCUAAGUAUUAGGUAGUAACGAAUAUGUAUUUAUUUGCAUUUUAGAUAUCAAGGAACGGUUCACCAACUACGUGCUCCUGCUCAUCGUCUGCCUCAGGAACAUGGAGCAGUUCUCCUGGAACCCAGGUAACCAUUUCACACACAUUACAGCUAAACAUACAAAGGGAUUUCUUGGAUCCAUUUUAUUAUGUUCACAGGAACAAGUGAAUAUUUUUUUUGGUCUUUUAGCCCCUUUUUCUCCCCAAUUUCGAUCUUGUCUCAUCGCUGCAACUCCCUAACGGGCUCGGGAGGCGAAGGUCGAGUCAUGCGUCCUCCGAAACAUGACCCGCCAAACCGCGCUUCUUAACGCUCGCCCGCUUAACCCGGAAGCCAGCCGCAUCAAUGUGUCGGAGGAAACACUGUUCACCUGAUGACCGAGGUCAGCCUGCAGGUGCCCGGGCUGCCACAAGGAGUCGCUAGAGCGCGAUGAGCCAAGUAAAGCCCCCCUGGCCAAACCCUCCCUAACCCGGACGACACUGAGCCAAUUGUGCGCCGCCCUAUGGGACUCCCAAUCAUAGCCGGUUGUGAUAUAGCCCGGGAUCGAACCCGGGUCUGUAGUGUCGCCUCUAGCACUGCAAUGCAGUGCCUUAGACCACUGCGCCGCUCGGGAGGCCCACAGGUGAAUCUGUUUGUAUCAAUGUUGUAGCAUGUAGGCUAUAUUCUGUAUUGAACUAAGAAAUAAUUUAUGUAACACUAGUUUGCUGCUACUGCUACCAUUGGAAAAGCAAUCACCCUGAUCCUUGGUGCUCUUUUAAAGCCGUUCCAUUGAAACCGCUAGUGGAUAAGACAUUGUGAUGAUGAUAGGAGGGAGGGAUGACAGUAAGGCUGCACUAUCUGACAGCUCUCUUAAUACAGUCAGCUGGCCCUGACAGAUUUGGAAUGUCAGCAACGGUCAUGAUGCUAAUGUCGGUCAUGAUGCUAAUGUCGGUCAUGAUGCUAAUGUUGUACACUGACAGGGUCUGAGACUUAUGGUAUGACCUAGACCUCAUCCAAAAACAUUUUGGGCAGACUUGCUGCACCACAUGGAUAUGAAUGUGAUGAAGAUUGUAUUGUAUCAGUCAAAUCAAAUACUUUUUUACCCUGUGACAGAACUUAUUGUACUAAGCCUAAAACAAUAUAUGAUUAGACCAAGAAAUCAUUAAAUGUACAAUUGAGUCAAUUAAAAAGAAAGACCAGACAUUCAGUAAGGUAAAGAAAGAAUAGAUUUAGAAUUCACUUUACAGGUUGUCUUGUCUCCAGAUCAUCUCUGGGUGUUGUUACCUGACGUCUUCAUGGUGAUCGCCUCAGAGAUCGCCGUGGACAUCAUCAAACACGCCUUCAUCACCAAGUUCAACGAGAUCACGGCAGAUGUAAGGAUGGAUCACACAGAUGAUAAUUCAUGAUUUGAUGAAUUGGAGUUAAAUCAAAUGAAAACCAUUCAAACAGUUUGCAGUUGCACACCAAAAGGGAAAAGUGUGUUUUGAGGUCAAUCCCAUUUUAAUUCACCUGCUUCAAGGAAUUGAAUUGAAGUUCACAAAUAAAACAAUCCCCAUUAGGAAUAAAUUGCGCUUUUAAAAAAUCUUGAAAAGGAAUUUAAAUUAAAUCUACUGAAUAAAUUCAUUAAGAAAACACUUUCCCUCUGGGUGUGUGACUGUGAAAGGUAUGUUCACUGGAGAGGGUCUGCUCCGUUCAUGUUUGAAGGAUUAUACAGUGGUUGGCCCUGUUUUUAUAUACAGCGUGGCGCUGUUGUUUAGCUAACCGUCCACACUGCUGUGUGCCUCAAUCUCUGUAGCGUGCCAUGAGUCCCUCCACUCCCUUCCUCUUCCCUCUUUCUAAAUCACAACACAGCACAUCACAUUAUGCCCCAAUAGGGCUACUGAGCAAGCACACCAAAAGCCAGCAACAUCCUCAUCCUCAGCCACAACAACUAGCAGCUCCAUAUCCCACUGUCAAUCGUGACCCAUUCCCAGCACUUGUGUGGUGAGAAAUCUUGCCUAAGACCUGAAGGCUUUAGAUCAAAGGGCUCACACAGUCUUGUGGCGAAUAGGAGACCCGGGUUCGAAUCCAGUCGGAUACAUUGGUGCCGUGAUUCUGUGGAGUUGGUCAUCGGGGGGAGGAGUGUAAUGGUGGCGGUUCGGUGAACCAUUCUCGCGUAACAAGUAACCUUCACUGAGACCUGAAAACUGCCUAGGCUUUAGCUCAGCCGGCUAACACGGUCUUCAAAUCUAGUCGGUCAUACUCACUUGUGGUCUAGUCUAAUGGUAUCAAUGUUUUUCUCAGAGCCAUAGCAGAUGGUUACACGCGUCAUAUCAAACAACAUAACCAUAGCGAUACAUUAUAAUAAUAAACUAAAACUAUAGGUGUUCUGUGUAUCUCUGUGAUAGUAACAUGGCUGUUUUGUCUCCGCAGGUAUACAGUGAAUACAGAGCCAGCCUGGCCUUUGAUCUCGUCAGCUGUCGGCAGAAAAACGUACGUAGCAUCUCUCGAACACAGUGAUUAGGCAUCCAGCUCCAUUGUCCCUACAGUUUUAAUCAAUGGGUUAUGUUCACUGCUGUAGUUGAUGUGUUAUUGAGGCUUGUUUUGUCAAUGGGCAGGCCUGCACAGACUACAGCGAUUCCGUAGCCAGAAGAAUGGGCUUCAUUCCUCUUCCUCUUGCAGUCCUGGUAAGAUCAGCCUUGUACAACAGUCCAAUGCAGUGUUUCCUCUUCCAUUGUAUGUAGAUGAGCAGUGUGUUUAAGUGGGCACUAACUUUUGAUUGUGUUAUAUUGAUAUCAAUCAACUAACAGUUCCAUCUUGUAUAAAAUUGUUUAUUAGUUGCACGACAAUGUAGUUGACUUAUAACUCCAUUUUGUUGCAUUGAUUUUAAUACUGAUUAACUGUUACUGCUGUCACAUGCAACAAUGUUUCUGCUGAAGCUUUUCUAUUUUGUGAUUGACAGCUAAUCCGAGUGGUGAUGAGUUCAGUGAAUGUACAGGGAGCCCUGUCCUACUCCUGUGUGUUCCUCUUCUACUUGGGGUAAGACUCAAAUCAUGUUCUUAUUCUUUGUCAUGUAUGAUGAAUUGCAAUUACAUAGCACCCCUUCCACAAGUUUCAUAGAUAAACUUGAUGCGUCAGUCACGCAGUACAGCUAGCAUGAUUUGUUAGCAUAGCAUUCACACUGUAUUCUAUGUGUAUUUAAAUGGAGCGCCUCAAUGAUGUCCGUGCCAGUCUGUCCCCAUUGAGCUACGUUAGCAUGAGCCUGCACGUUAGCCCUCUGCUUGGCUUUGAUAGGGCUUCUUUUUUUUCCUCUGAUCUUUUCUUUUUUCCCACCCUGGGGGUAUAGACCACUGAACAGUUAGCCUGAGGUGGAAUACAACGUUGUCAUCUCCAGUGCCCACCCACCCCCUCACCCCCAUUUUAAAAAUAGCUGUGUCCCCAACAGACCCUGGUAUCUGUGAAAAGACCACAGUAUGACUCGCAAAAGCCCUCGGAGGGCAUUUGGUCCACAGACCUAGAUGUGGCUGUCUCUCUCGAUCGUAUUUCAUAUGCAUCAUAAGCUUCAGAUAUGCAGAAGCCUAGUGCGUCCUGGAGCUGUUUUCUGCCCAUGAACUUAGCCUAACUUUAAUUUUACACAGUAAAAACCCUUCAUACUCAGUGUGAGGUGUAUGGCUACUUUGUGGAUGGUGUUACUAUUCCCUAAAUACACAGGGCUCUACACUGACCUUUUCUACAAGGAGCAUGUGUGCGCCUACGUAAAAAAAUGUAGGCGAACACAAAGAAAUGUAGGAGCACAAUUGAGGUAUUAAAGUCCUUAAUUUUUGUAGGUGCACUGAUGUUACUAAAUAAACAUUCCAGGUCACACAGCUAAAUAUUUAGGCGCAUAUGCGAGUGAAAUGGAGGCCCUGAUACGGUGAGAUUGAGCGUUUUGAAUUUGACAUUUAAUUUAAUAUCAACUAUGUGCCUAAAAAGCCAUACCAGUAUACUUUAUCUGUAUUUCCAUAUAGAAUCAAAUCUAGACCUGUUCACAAUGGGGAAAAAAACACUCAUGACUAUAGUCUGCUUCUCUUCUCACUUUCACCUUGAAUAUCGUUACUUAUCGUCUUGUCCAUGUGUAGAAUGGUAACCCUGAAGGUGCUGAACAGUAUUGUGCUGCUGGGGAAGUCGUGUGUGUACGUGAAGAGAGCCAACAUGGAGGACAAGCUGUUUGAGAGGCCCCCCACAGCUGCCCCCGGGAAGACGCCCAGUAGAACCAGCAAGACUUCUAGGUGUACUGUCCCCUCAGGUACCCAGUGACAGACAAUACCCUAGUAUUUAUCUUUAUUUACCUUCAUUUUACCAGGAAGGGAACAUCUUCUCAUUAACAAUAAUGACCUAGGAACAGGUAUAAACCUUGCAUGAAACCAUGAAGACUUGCGUUAGCUCCCUGAGUCUAGACCUUUGCUCAGCGGGCUAACACAAUCUUAUAGCAUGCAGAAGACCCAGAUUCGAACCCAGUCAGUCACAUACAGCCUACCCAGCCUCAAUAAGACACUCGGUUCCAUUAAAUUACUCAUUCUUCUUAGCAAUCCCAGCUUGCCAAACCCAGCCUCAAGCAAGCAGAUGCGUAUUCCGACUCGGGUAAUUGACCUCCAUCAUCUCCACACACACAUCUCUCCAUCAUCCACAUCGAAACUGCUACUGAAAUUCAAAACUGAAACUGCUGCUCAAUGCGCAUGACAGAGAUAAAUUGUCAGUUGUGUGUGAACGAGCGAGUGUGUGUGUGGAGCUUAACCGUUUUUUCUCCAGCGUGGCAGACGAGCCAGCUGCACUAAGCUGAGAGCAUUAGAGCGACAAGUGACACCACGUCACAUCAAAGCUUUUCUCACUCCUGUGUUUUUACAGAACCACAAUUUUCAGGCGAAAGAAUCAGUAGUAUAGUAUGUGAAAUGUUAAAGUGCCAAUCCAUAUCAUGUGGUUUCACUGAAGCCUGAUCGCUUGCGUUGCUAUUCUUAAUUAGCCCAUCUGUAACUGUACUGUACCCAACCCGGCUGUCUCUUCUGGGCUGCAUUCAUUAGGGCACACCGUAACAAAACGCUUUGCGUCAGAAAAUGAAUAUGAGCGUCUCUUAUUGGACGCGUUCAGGUAGUCACUCCCUGUUUUAGUCAGUUUCAUUCUGUUUGGUGCCUAAUGAAUACCUCCCUGGCAAAAUGGGUUACUUUUAGCCCCCUGAUUCCAAUGGAUUCCUUACUAUACUAACAGACUGGUUCGUCUCUUGUUCUUCAUAAUGAUUUGGAUGAAGAUCUAAUUGGAGGUGCCAUAUGUUUAUAGGUCUCUGUGGCAAAGAAUAUACUGAUGAGCAACUGUGGUUUCCCUAAGGCAGUGUCAUGAAAGCUUAUGGCGAAAGCAUAUGGCUAUUUCAGGAACAAAUGGAUGAAUUGCUUAAUUGCUUGUUGGUUAUACCCAUCAAGAGCCUACUAAAUUACUAGAGGGCUAUGUCAUAAACCCUAAAAGUUCCAUAAUGGGGUGAAAAUGGCAGCCAUAUUGGUCAGGGACAAAUCCAAACCAGUCUAAUUGGAAUGAAUGGCAGUAGAGGCAUAGUCCUGAUUUUACUUAAGCAGGAAAAUAAAAGUAAGAUGUGAUAUCAUAAAUUGUCUAAUAAUUAUUGUCAACUAAAAUAAUGUCAUAUACAGUAAUUAUAAAUACAGUUUAUACUGGUUUUAUAAAAUAAAUCUGUAUAAAUAGCCUCUAAAAUAUAUGUAAACAGACCAUAAAUGUCUAAAACAAUUGAUAUAUUGGAAAGCUGUGAGUGCUAUUAUAUGAUACAAUAUCAGUACUUGUUGCAUUUACAACUUGUGUAAGUCCUAUCAUCAACUGGUAUGGCUGUAGAUUGAAUGGAAUGUUGGCAGUUCAUUUGAAAAAUGAAUGGAAUCAUUCCUCUAAAACUGUCUGGCUACUAGCUAACAUACAGUGCAGAUACAUUCUUCAAAUUCAUUAUUUUACACUAUCUUAUCACAGCACUGGCAAACAAACCAUGGUUGACCAACUCCCUGACCAAAAUGGCUGACCUUUAUCCCAUCAUCAGAAGGUUCAUGUCCAUUCUAGUUUUCUAAUUCCUAAUUAUAUGGUUAUACCACUGGUUCAGUACCACUAUGCAUGUUGUAAAGUAGGUCUGCUGUAUCCCCUACUCAUGUGUUAUUGCCUUAAGAGGAGCACACAUUUAUUUCAUGCAGUCUGGGGAAUACACACACGAUUUGCUGCUCGCCUGGUAAAGUCUAAUUUGCAACACACUCUUUUUAUAUGCAAGUGAAGCAUGUCGGCGCCCUGGGCAAAUGGCUUUCUCCGUAGAGUAGUAACCCAUGUGCUGAUAUGCUGCUACUACUUCACUCGACUUUAUUUGAAUAUAACGGCCGUCAUGAAUUAUUCUAUUUGCCUGACCUAACUUGUGUAAUGUAAUGCCAUUUAUACUGCAUACUGGCAUUUAAGGCCAUGAUUGGUGGACUUGAGAAGUCUACUGGUAUUACUGUAGAUUUGUCUUUUUGACCCUUUGAUAUACAGUGCAUUCAGAACGUAUUCAGACCCCUUCCCUUUUUCCACAUUUUGUUACGUUACAGCCUUAUUCUAAAAUUGAUUAAAUCGUUUUUUUCCCUCAACAAUCUACAGACAAUACCCCAUAAUGGCAAAGCGAAACAGUUUUCCAGAAAUUUUUGCAAAUGUAUUAAAAAUAAAAACAGAAAUACCUUAUUCAGACCCUUUGUUAUAAGACUCGAAAUUGAGCUCAGGUGCAUCCUGUUUCCAGGAGUCCACCUGUGGUAAAUUCAAUUGAUUGGACAUGAUUUGGAAAGGCACACACCUGUCUAUGUAAGGUCCCACAGUUGACAGUGCAUGUCAGAGCAAAAAUCGAGCCAUGAGGUCGAAGGAAUUGUCCGUAGAGCUCCGAGACAGGAUUGUGUCGAGGCACAGAUCUGGGGAAGGUUACCAAAACAUUUCUGCAGCAUUGAAGGUCCCCAAGAACACAGUGGCCUCCAUCAUUCUUAAAUGGAAGAGGUUUGGAACCACCAACAUUCUUCCUAGAGCUGGCCGCCCGGCCAAACUAAGCAAUCGGGGGAGAAGGGCCUUGGUCAGGGAGGUGACCAAGAACCCGAUGGUCACUCUGACAGAGCUCCAGAGUUCCUCUGUGGAGAUGGGAGAACCUUCCAGAAGGACAACCAUCUCUGCAGCACUCCACCAAUCAGGCCUUUCUGGUAGAGGCCAGACGGAAGCCACUCCUCAGUACAAUGCACAUGACAGCCCGCUUGGAGUUUGCUAAAAGGCACCUAAAGGACUCUCAGACCAUGAGAAACAGGAUUCUCUGGUCUGAUGAAACCAAGAUUGAACUCUUUGGCCUGAAUGUCAAGCAUCACGUCUGGAGGAAACCUGGCACCAUCCCUACGGUGAAGCAUGGUGGUGGCAGCAUCAUGCUGUGGGGAUGAACGGAGCCAAGUACAGAGAGAUCCUUGAUGAAAACCUGCUCAGGACCUCAGACUGGGGUGAAGGUUCACCUUCCAACAGGAGAACAACCCUAAGCACACAGGCAAGACAACGCAGGAGUGGCUUCGGGACAAGUCUCUGAAUGUCCUUGAGUGGCCCAGCCAGAGCCCGGACCUGAAACCGAUCUAACAUCUCUGAAGAGACCUGAAAACAGCUGUGCAGCGACGCCCCCCAUCCACCCUGACAGAGCUUGAGAGGAUCUGCAGAGAAGAAUGGGUGAAACUCCCGAAAUACAGGUGUGCCAAGCUUGUAGCAUUAUACCCAAGAAGACUCAAGGCUGUAAUCGCUGCCAAAGGUGCUUCAACAAAGUACUGAGUUAAGGGUCUGAAUACUUUUAAUAAAUAAAUAUAAAAAUAUAACUGUUUUUGCUUUCUCAUUAUGGGGUAUUAUGUGUAGAUUGAUGAGGGGAAAAAAUAAUUUAAUCAAUUUUAGAAUAAGGCUUUCCAAAUGCACUUUAGGUGAGUUUAUAUUCCUAUAAGUCAAUUUGGUUGGUUGUCCAGUUUAUUUGGUCACUCUGAAGUCAAAUCUAAUCAAAAGAGAAGUUUGAUGUUGUUGUUUAGUUGCUUCCUAUCUAUGUGUGAGUGUUACUUACCAUUAGUGUUACUUUUUUCAAAUGACCAAGUAUUGUUCAUGUUUGUGUUAAAUCUACCUCUCUCUCUGUGUCAUUUGCCUCAUCAGGUGAUCCAUCAAGGGAUCUGUGGUCUGAGCGGUCCCCAUCCACUCCUUCAUGCACCUCCAUCCCCCCCUCCUCCUCUGUCACCACCCAGCCUACCCCCACCGUCAGCCCCACCCUACGGGCAGAGACUGUGGCCCCUCCCCCCACCACCACCCCAACCAGGCCAUCCACCAGCCCAGAGCCAGAACCGGACCCUGACACCCUCACCCCCUCUCCCCCUGCCACUCCCGAGCAGAAUGAGGGGGAAGGAAUGGAAGGCACAGAGCUCAAGCACAGGACCCCUAAAAAGGACCUGCUGGAUGUAGACCGCUUUACGAUAUGCGGGAACCGCAUCGAU